GCACAGUCAGUGCCGUUUGGGGCCAUCAGCAGGAAGCAGGAUUGUACGAUUUCUUAAUUAAUUAAUUAUGUGAGCAACCCAAACCCCCAAAAAGAAAAUAAAAUAAAAGAUAAAAAACCAAUUCAACGAAGCAAACGAAUUUCAAAAUGUCCAAUACCAAAUCCAAUUCCAAGGUUAUUGUGCACCACCAGCAAACGCAACAACAAAUACAACAAUAAUAAUAAUAAUAAUAAUAAUUAAAUAAUAAUAUUAUGAGAAUAACAGAAAAUUGAAGCGUAAAGCGGAGUGUGUUUUCGAAAACGUCGUUGAACAAACGCGAGAAUCGAAUGCUGGCCAGUGAUUAGCUGGCAAAGGGAACUGCGAAAUCUGGCCGGGAUUCAUGCCGGAUGUGCUGGAUGUGGACGCAGGGCAGCAACUGAAGCUGGAGCGGCUCUGGCCCUGGGAACAGAGGGAUCAGCAGACGGAUCGAGAGAGAGCCGAUCCAAGACCACCAAGAAUACCGCUCCGCAGCCCACACUACUGAUGAUGAUGGGGCCAUGAGCCCAUCAUUACUCGCAUUGAAUUGGAGUCGCAAGCGCGUCUCAAGCGGGCCUGCACCAUGCUAGCACCGCCGAACCCGAGGUCAAUAUGCGGCCAGGACCCGGGCUGGUCGUGAUGGCGCUUGCGUUUAUUUCGGGGGCUCGGCGUGGCAGCAGCAGCAGCAGCAUCAGCUCAGCAACAGCAACACCAGCGGCAGCAACAGCGGCAGCAACAUCUGCAUCUGCAUCUGCAGCAGCAGCAGCAGCAGCAGCAACAUCCGCAGCAGCAGCAGCAGCAGCAGCAGCAGCGGCAGCAGCAGCGGCGGCAGGAGCAGCAGGAAGGGGCAGAGGCAGAGGCGGCGGCGGAGGAGGCGGAGACCGAGGAGUUGCAACCACGUUACCGUCCACUGGCGAGUCGUCGUCGUCAUCGUCAUCGUCAUUCGUUCGCAGCUCUGGCUCAUACCUGCUGCCCAUCUUCCUGCCCCACCAUCUCGACUUUGCGCUCCAGUUCCACCCACAACUGCCGCCGAGGUUGUACUACGACCAGGACCACACCGAGCACUCCGAGUCCUGGGUGUCCUCCGCUGGUAUUGCGGACAGGCGGCAGCAGCGGCGACGGCGACGCGAGAGCAGCAGCAGCAGCAGGGAUAUAGCAGGUAGGGCAGGCGGGACGGGAACGGGAACGAGAGCGCCAGGGGUCACAGCCUCCAGCGAGGCCAACAACCAGGUGGAACAGGAGCAGGAGCAGGAGCAGGAGGAUCAGGAGGAGGAGGAGGAGGAGGGGGAUCGUGCAGGGCUGACCGUGCAGUUCCCCUCGUCGCAGGCCUACGACGAGGACCAGGACAUCUUUGCCCUGGUGGCCGAGGACGACCUGCUGUCCGAGGAGUCCUUCGAUCGCCUGAUCAAGCUCAACGAAGACGCCGACGAAGAGGACUACAAUCUGCAGCAGCAGCAGCAGCAGCAGCAGCAGCAGCAGCAGUUGCAGCAGCAACAGCAACCCCAAGCGGAAACGGAAAUAGACACAGAGCCAGAGAGCGAGAGAGAGAGGGAGACGGAGAUAGAGACCGAAACGGAAACGGAAACAGAAACCGAACAGCAGCAGCAGGACGAGAGCCGACUGAUUGAUGAGGGUGUCCUGCAGCACAGCGACCACAGCGACAGCCACUCGAAGGAGUUCGCCAACAACUACGAUAAUAACAAUAAUAACAAACGGGAGGCCAGCGGCCACAUCCUUGAUGCCCAGACGGCCCAGUUGAUCGGCCACAAGGAUAACAGCCUGUCCGCCGUGUCCGCCACCACCGAGUCGGCAGGAGCCAGCAGCAGCAGCAGCAGCAGCAGCAGCACCACCACAUCCUUGCCAGCACCCGUGGAUCUGAAGAAGUCCAUUCUAGGGACUGCGACUUCGCUAACACGCCUUAAUCCUUGGAUAUCAGCCUGUGAUCUGGCACAGCCGGGCACAGCAACCGACUUGCAGGGUCAGUGCUCGGCUGGAACACUGCCCAUGGCCUGGGUCGAUGAGGGACCCGGGCCCCCAACCUGCCCCCGAUCCUGCGCCGAGCAGCAGCAACUGAGGCCAGCGGCCUCCAAGGCGAAGCGGAGUGCCACCAGUAACAAUAAAGUCAAGUAUUUCGUAAACUUUAAGACAGCCCAGAUGCGUUUGCGCCGCGGUGGGGACUACGCGAUGGACGCCACCGAGAGCAAUUCCCCGCUGCCGCCGGGCACCAGCAGUAGCAGCAGCACCACCACCACCACCGACGACCAGGACGUGGACGAGGAUGUGUCCUCCACCACCACCACCACCACCGAGGAGGAGGUGCCGGAGCCAACGCUAUCCUACAGCCAUCUGCAUGCCCAGGAGCCAAUCCUAAUGCACCAGGAUGAGCAGGAGGAGCAACAACAGUGCCUUGAAUAUCUGGGCGAUUCCGCCGAGUCGAGUCCGCAGCACCUGUGCGGCCUCCAGUCACCUGGCCAUCUGCUGGAGCGGCUGAGGGUGCUGCGGCUGCGCAACUGCUGCGAGAGGAGCGUCUUCAGUGCCCUCCACACGUUGGCCCUGAAUGCCAGCCUCUCGGACCGGCAGGAGUGCUUCCGCGUCCUCAGCGAUCUGCUGGACGUGGACAACCUGGCCAACAGGAUCACCUGCGAGCUGGCCGAGAUCCUCUUCCGCUUCGACUGCCGGCAGGUCUACUCGCUGAUCAAUCAGUGCGACGAUUGCAAGGAAGCAUAUCGUCGCUGGGUCUGCAGUACACUAGUGCCAUAUUUCGCCGAGCCAAAGGACGUGUCGCCGAAGCCAAAGGACGAUGGCCAGGGAGGUCAGGGAGGUCAGGGCAAGAGCAAACGGUCGGCGAGGAGUGCAGAGGCGGCGGCGGACGGCAUCAAGCAUAAAUCUCUGAAAUUAAUCAGCAAUAACAAUAAAUCAAAUAACGGCAAUAACAUGAACGAGCGUCAGAUUAAUCAGAAGCAUGACAAGAGCUCGACUGCGAAGGCGCAUGAGAACCCAAACACCAACUCGAAUGCGAAUGCCAAGUUGAACUCGAAAGCCAGCAAGGACAUUGACCGCAGCGUGGAGGAGGCGAUUGGCAAGGACCUGGCCCAGACAUUCUUCGAUGUUGUUGGCCUGUCUAAGCCACGGCCCGGGGCAGAAGUGGAGGUCCUGCCAGAUGACGAGCCAGGAGCGGACUCCGAGAAUGCGGACAGGGAUCGGGAAAGGGAACGGAACAGGGACAGGAACAGGAACAGGAACAGGGAGACGGACAGGGAUACGCAGGCUGAGGCCGAACAACAAUCCAAUAAUUUCAUAUCGACUGCCAAUAAUUCGGAUCCCAGAGCCACGGAUCCAGUGAUAUCAAAACUACAGAAGAGAUCAACACGCAAGACAGAGUUCCGUAAGCGCCGCCGAAUCCGGCCGUGUCUGAGCGUCUGCCAAACCGUGGAACAAAAGUGCCCCUACCUGCUGCCCGCCGAUCGCGCCCCCGCGCUGCCCACCCAAUAUGCCGGCGAGCCGACAUUUCUCUGCCUAGAUCAAAACAUACCCGAGACAGGGGCGCAGCUGGAGAAGUCGAGCUACGGGCCCAACGAUUGCUGCUACAGCUACUGCAACGGACCUGCCUCGGGGAUCUGCACCGUCUGCCAGGAGUUCAGCCAGCCGAGGACGCAGGAGGAAGAGGUCUCUGCCCAGGGGAACUCCUCCACCCGCCGGGUGCACAACAUCACGCUCUCGCUGAGCUCCCAUCCCGGCGAGCAUGCCCGGGCCAAGAGCGUGGCUCUGGCCCUGCGGAACGUGACUCACACCGGUGGCGAUCCGGAUGCCGUGGAAACGCUGCUCGAACGCCUGCCGUACUAUGCCCGCCACGAGGGGAUCUUCUACUAUGAUGAGGAGGGCGAGAUGCCGAAGGCCUCCCUCUCCGGCGACUGUGCCGUUGUGCCGCCGGCGACCACGCGCUGCACCAUUCCGUACUAUGCCUCUGGAACGGACGGAUCGGUGGCCAAGGCGCCCACGCAGCUGCUGGUCUGGCUGAGCGCCCUGCUCGGCCUGCUCAGCAGCUGUGGAGCGGCCCGCCAGAGGUGGAGCUGCCAGUGGAGCGGCGGCGGAGGAGGAGGAUGUGGAGGGCACCGGGGUCGCAGUCGCCAGGCGGUGACCUGCGAGGCCAGCUGCCAUGAGCAGGAGUUGGUCAAGAGCAGGCGGACUCCAAGGACGACGGCUGUCAGGGAAAGGAAGGAGGCAUCUCAGGAUAGCCAGCCAGUGCCCACCAGAUCCUGGCUGUGGCCCACCUCCUGGCACACUUACCGGCUGACCUGCAGCAAAGUGCGAUACUUUAGUAGCCGGAGUAAGUUCAAAGGUCAGUCCAGGCCCAGUCGCAGUGGCUCCACUAGCUUUACGGACUCCGCCAGCGGACUCCAGUGGAGUCCUGUGGGGGCUGGGUGCAUUAGGACUAGGAACUAUCGCUACUUCUACUACUACAACUACAACAUCAACGAUUGGUGGCGGAGAUGGUGGCGCUGCCUCAGCAGCGGCGCCUUAUAGUGCCUGCGAAGGAUAAGGAAGGGAUAGAGAAGGGAUAAGGAAGGCAUUCGGAAGGCAUUCCGAAGGCAUUCGGAAGGACUUCCAUGACAACUCCCCUAGUGGAAAGGCGAUAUACCAAAUACUAAUAAUAGCUAAAUCAGAAUCGAUGCAUUAUAGAUGUGACAAUGGUCAAAACAAGAGACACACAGAACACACAACACAACAUAACACACACCAGAUCCAUGGAUUACGAAUUAAACGAAACGGAAAACAGAAACCACUUAAAUAUUUAUGGUCCUCUUUCAAACGAAAUAAAAACAAGCAUGAAUUAAUUAUAAAUCUCUAUUGAAACAAAACCAAAAUAGCAUAUUUUAUUACAACUAGAACAAAGAAUAUGAAUAUUUAAUUAAACAAAAAGCAACUGCCACAAGAAUAGGUUUUUUAGAUAAACGAUAACGGAAGUAUAAAAGGAAACAAAAAAAAAAAGAACAACAUUUAACAAAACGCAUACAACUAAAAUAUAAAAGGGGAUACCGACGGAAAAUAUAAAUAGUUAUUAAUUUAAUUACUGGCGAACAAAAAUACGAAAAGUUUAGGUUAGCUAUAAAAACCAAAAAAAGACGAAAAGAAAAAUCCAAAUUUACUAGACUAACAAUUUGAAGACGGCAACACGGCGAUUGGAGAAAGUAAAAGGGCGGAAAAUUAAGACACCAUUUCAGUCGGAAAACAUCGUAUAGGCCGCGUAUCAACCACCUUUCAAAGAAAAAGCGAAACGUGAACUUUACUUAAAUUAGUUUAAACCGGUAUAUAUAUAUGCUAUAUAUACCAUAGUCAAGGUGGGAGCGAUUUAAUUAACAAUUAAAACAAUUAACGGGAAUGGAAAACCAAAAGAAGCCGCAAAAGUGUCUAAAAACGUCUUUAUUUAGUUUAAAAAAAAAGAAUAAGAGUGGAAACGUAAACAUUUGUAUAAUCCCAGAAAAAAACAAAAGAGCCAAAAUGAAAAAGAGAAGAGUAUGUAAAGCGCACAGUAAAAACGUAUCUUUAAGAUUCAUCGACCGACAUAGCGAAUCUGCAUUCUGAAUCGGGUAAAAAACAGAAACGGAAACGGAAGCAUUACCAGCAUAUAGAACCAUGCGCCACAUAGGUCAUACAUUUGAGUAUGCAUAUAUGAACGAUAGAUAUAGUCAAACAUGUGCAACGUAAGCCGCUAAAUAAGAUAGAGAGGCGUGGUCAGAAACCGAAACAGAAACAACAACAAUAUACCUACUAUAUAAAUACUAACAAUGAAUAAUAAUACUUUUUGUAAUAAAGUGAACUCUAUGUAGCGUAUAUAUAUAUUAAUUAUAUAUAUGAAAUAUAUAUAUUUAUAUAAUAUAUAUUGUCUUAACAACUUAUCGUACAUAACUUGCAGCAAAAAAUGAAAACUAUGAGAAAACAAAUAACAAAAACCGAAAACCAAACGAGAAACCCCGAACCCCCUAAAGGCGAAAACAAAACACGUAAAUAAUUAAGAAAUAUUGAAAUAAUUAGUCGUAUUUGGUAUUAACUAAUUAACUAUUAAAGUAAGAACUAAACAAUUUGAGAGAACCCUCUGAUAGAGCACACUCGCCCACACUCUCACAGAUAUAGGAAGACACCUUCUUUGAGCACUCCUAAAGGUUCAGUUACAGUAAGUUUCCCCACUUUCCACAAUCACUUCCGAUCACCACCUGUCACUCCAAUACUUUGACACCCCCUACUAUGUUUCCGGAAAGGUGUUUCUUUCGAUCUUCUUCUCUGAGGUCUAUUAUCGAACGGUUUAACCCACUGCAGGCAGUGUCGGAGUUACCAGGAUUUAAGUCUAUUAGGAAUGCUCUUCCGUUGCUAAAUCGGAACGUUUCCAGCAUGAAUUUCCACUACAAAAUUUGCAUUACCAAAAACUGACGAAAUUACUUUAGGAGGAGAUAGGAUAGCAGGAUAGCAGGGCGGUAUGGAUUUUGUUAGAUGUCGUAGUAGUAACGUAAACAAUUUAACGAGCCUUCAUUACGAACCCUCCAUUUCUCUCCGUUUAGCCCCCCCUUAUAUCAAUAGAUCUUUGUAAAUACAGAUUACGUAUGAGCAAUUCGCCUCGUCUCCAUCUGCACAGUCCUAUCACCAAAAAGCGAUCCAUACAAGUAUAUCUUCCACUUCUCGCUCUUAUGAUUCCCAACUCCAAAGUUUCCCCUAAUUGCGGUCAUAUAUGCGAAACUCUUUCCGUAACAUAUAUAACAAAUGUAUAUGAACGUUGAGGUGGCCAAACUUUUCACUUAUUGGGGCGAAUGCGUAACCUUUUCUAAGCAAACAAAACCACAAGGAGCGUGAAAGUAGGAGGAAGGCGGAACGACACCGUUAUCAAACAUUUCAAUGGCGGAACGGAAGCGGAAACGGAAAUGGUAACGGAAACAGAAACAAAACAGCAAAGGAACAGAGCAGAGUCAGCCGCUGGCACAAAUUGCGCGCAUAUAGAAUGCAAAUUGUUAUGAAUUAUUGUGUACUUUUGUAAAACUUUUUGAUAUAUAUAAUAUAGUUAACAUGAAUAGAUGCCUAAAUAAUAAUAAAUUAAAUGUUAAUUUAUUUAAAUGUAAACAAUAAAUAGAGAAGGACACUGGAGUAGGCCGGGGCAUCGGCAUCGGUUUGUUUUGGUUUUGGUUUUGGUUCGCAAAAUCGUUGGCAAAUCGAACCCAGAAACCAAAACCGAUCCGAUCCCCAGCAUUAGCGUAUGUACGAAAUAAAUUUUAGGCACCGGAAAACGAGGAUCUUAACUCCCAGAUUCAGAUUCGUUCCAGGAUUUCCCAGGCGAUUUCCCUUGUGCAUAGCGAAACUAGUUGAAUUGUGUACGUAACGUGGGUAAAAGUCAUAGCACCAGAUCUAAACCAUCGUACUUUGCAGUAGACACAUCGCAGCGACACAUCUCAUGCGAUCCACUCAAAAACACACACUAUCACACAAUCGAUACAAAUUCAAAUUCAAAUUCAAAUCCAAAUCCGAAUCAAUAACCAAUUAGCACGAAUUAUACAAUAAUUUUUGUAAUUGAUUAGCCGCUGCCACACAAACAAAAACGAAAAUCGAAAACCAACAAGCAAAAUACACAAAAAAAAAACUCCGCUGCAGCGUACGCUAGCAAUUAUUUUUUACAAAAACCAAACAAAAAAAACUAUUUAAAAUAUGUAAAAAAAAAAAGAAGAGAUUUUUAAAAACCGAAACCAAAUUGGAAACACGAAAUUCUUUUUAGGCCAAAUGAAAUUACAUAAUUGUGUGCCAGGACAAAAGUGACAAAAAAUAUAUAAAAACAAAGGAAGCGUUAAAAUGUGUUGUAUUUGAUAUCAUGCAAGCAUGCACAGAAAAACCGAACAAAGGCGAAUAAUGAAAACCAAUUAAUAUAAACGAAAUUCAUAGCGUCAAGUCAAAUUUAAUUUAAUUAAAUGAAAACAUAGACUAAUUUAAUGGAAAGCCACACACAGCUAGCAAGCAAAACAAAAAGUCUCCAUAAAAUUGAAUACUCUAACCAUAGUAUUUCCCGAAUGAAACGUUUGCAUAGUGAAAAAUCGAAACUCCCCCACAAUGACAGACCCCUUCCAAAUAACAGUAAUUUAGUGAAAACUGAUAAAGAAACGUAAAAUCUAAAAUCCCACUUGAGACAGCUAAAAACUUUAAAAAAACUAAACUGAAAUCUUCUGUACUUGUUAUUAAAAGGAAAAUACAAAACGUAAGGAUAAAGAAAACAUAGAAAAUCAACAAAUUAUAAAAAAAAAAA